AGCAGACGGUGUGAGGCAGGGAGGAGCGAAGGGAGAGAGACGACACGCACACCACGCACACGUGGAGAGAGGGGAUCUGAGCAGAAGGAGAAGUCAAAGGAGCAGAAGGGACUCGGCAUUCGAGGAUGGAGCAGGGAGGGAGGGCCAGGAGGGGCGAUACAAUGGGUUUAUAGGAGUUGUGAAGCCAACACUUGCAGCCAAAGCGAAUAUUGACCGGCCGAGAUGGUGGCAUGGCGGCUGGCGGGGACAGCUAGGAGAUCUACAAUCUCAUCAGCAGCACGGGGAGGUGGAGGAGGACACCGUGAUCAUCAUCAUCAGCAGCAACAGCAGCACCAUCAGCAUCAUCAUCAGCAGGAGUGUCACCACGAGUGGGGGAAGCAUGUCCGUGGAGGCGCGUCUGGGUGCGGGAUGUGAUGGGAUGAGAGGUCGGGGUGGGUCUCGACCAGUGCCGGAUCGGGAUCAGGAUCGGAGGAUCAGGAAUCCGGACCGGGAUCAAUGGAUCAGGGACCGGGAUCAGAGGAUCAGGGACCGGGAUCUUCUGGAACGCCCGAGCUACUGUGAUGCCGAGUUCGCGCUCGAACAGAUAGCCAAGGGCCGGGCGACUGGGCGGCGCGCGCCGCUGUGGCUGCGCGCGCGCCUGCAGGCCGUGCUGUUCGAGCUCGGCUGCCGGAUCCACGCACACUGCGGCAAGGUCCUCUUCCUGGGCCUCCUCGUCUUCGGGGCCUUCGCCGUGGGCCUCCGCGUGGCCUUUGUCGAGACCGAUAUCGAGGAGCUCUGGGUUGAAGUGGACGGACGAGUGAGCCGAGAGCUCGCCUACACACGGCUCAAGAUCGGCGAAGACGCCGGAACGAGUCCACAGAUGCUCAUUCAGACGGGGCGUUCGGGUGGCGGUGGCAUCGGAGCUGAGAAGGCCAGGCAACAGUUGACCCCCGAGGGGUUGAGGCAGCACCUGGUGUCGGCUCAGGCGGCCAGUCGCACGCAGGUCACCCUCUACGGGAAGGAGUGGACUCUAGACAAGCUCUGCUUCAAGAGCGGCAUACCCAUUUUCGAGAUAUCCCUCGUGGACCAGCUGGUGGAACGUCUAUUCCCGUGCGUGGUCAUAACGCCACUCGACUGCUUCUGGGACGGAGCUAAACUACAAGAAGGCUUCAUAUAUCUGCCGUCCCGCCUUCGGUGCGUGCGAGUGGCCACGACCCCAGGUGUCGCCGACACACAGUCCGGCGACUCUGCCGAUAUCAAGACGUCAGCGUGCGGCCGGUUGGACACCGAAACAAAACCGUGCGGUCAACCGGUGAUCCGGUGGACGAACCUGGACCCCGAGCGGCUGCUGGAGACGCUGGGCCGCGUGCUCGACGUGAGCCAGCUGGAGCGGCUGCUGCACCGCGCCGGCGUCGGCCGGGCCUACAUGGACAGGCCUUGCCUGGAGCCCUCGGACCCCGACUGCCCUGACACGGCGCCCAACAAACACUCGGGACAGGCGCCCGACGUGGCGGGCGAGCUCUCGGGCGGCUGCUACGGCUUCUCGCGGCGCUACAUGCACUGGCAGGAGGAGCUCAUCGUCGGCGGCGCCGCACGCAACGGCUCUCACCUUCUCACCGCCCAGGCCCUGCAAACGGUGUUCCACCUGAUGAGCGCCGAUCAGCUGUUCCGCACGUUCAAAGGCGACUACGAGAUGCACGACGUCAACUGGAACCGGGAGAAAGCGGCCGCCGUGCUCGACGCCUGGCAGCGCAAGUUUGUGCAGGUGGUGCAGCAGAGCGUGCCCCCCAACUCGAGCCACGUCGUCAGCUCCUUCACACAGACGACGCUCAAAGACAUCCUCCGCUCCUUCUCCAGCGUGAGCGCCGUGCGCAUCGCCGGGGGCUACCUGCUCAUGAUGGUGUACUCGUGCAUGACCAUGCUGCGCUGGGAGUGCGGCCGCUCCCAGGGCGCCGUGGGCCUCGCCGGUGUUCUGCUCGUCGCUCUGUCCGUAGCCUCCGGCCUCGGGCUCUGCUCGCUCAUCGGCAUCUCCUUCAACGCUGCCACCACGCAGGUGCUGCCCUUCCUGGCGCUGGGGAUCGGGGUAGAUGACGUCUUCUUGCUGGCGCACUGCUUCACUGAGAUGGGACAGCAAACGAACAUUCCGCUCGAGCGGAGGACGGGCGAGUGCUUGAAGCGCACGGGCACCGGCGUGGCGCUCACCUCCAUCAACAACAUGGCCGCCUUCUUCAUGGCAGCGCUCAUCCCCAUCCCGGCUCUGCGCGCCUUCUCCCUGCAGGCUGCUGUGGUGGUGGUCUUCAACUUUGCCAUGGUUCUGCUCAUCUUCCCGUCCAUCCUGAGCCUGGACCUGCAGCGCCGCGAGGAGGGGCGACUCGACCUGCUGUGCUGCUUCUACAGUCCGAGCGCGAUGCGGCCCUCGCGGCCGCAGGCGCCGGCGUUCCGCGAGUUGGCCGCCGCCGCGGCUGCCGUGGCCGCAGGGGGCGACGUGUCCCCACCGCCGCCCUACAGCAGCCCCACCGGAUUCCCCGAAACCCACAUCACCAUGCACUCCACCGUGGAGGUGCAGUACGACCCCGCGAGCCAGCAGUGCGUGACCACCGUUCGCCCGUGCACCGAGGUCACGUUCCGGCCGCGCUCGCUCGGCCCGGAGCCGUCCGUCGCUCUGGCGUCGACAUCGUCGCUGCCGUCGUCGUCCGGCACGGUCGUCGUGCCGGAGUCGGCGAGCUCCACGCGCGACCUCCUCGCCGACCACGGCGCGACCACGGCGUACGGGACGGACGAAGGCGACGACGGCGGCGGCGGCGACGGCGAUGGCGGUGGCGGGGGCGGGCCGUGGGCAGGGUGGCCGGCCGGCUGGGGGGCGAGCGAGCGGCCUCCCCCUGCGUGGACGCGUUGGAGCCUGCAGGAGUUUGCCCGGACGCGGUAUGCGCCCUGGCUGCUGCUGCGCAGGACGAAGGUGGCCGUGCUGAGCGCGUUCAUGUGCCUGCUGGCGCUGUGCCUGUAUGGCACGACGCGCGUGCGCGACGGCCUCGGCCUGGCCGACGUGGUCCCGCGCGGCACGCGCGAGCACGCCUUCCUCACGGCGCAGGCGGCCUACUUUUCGGUGUACGGGGCCUACCUGGUCACCACCGAGGGCGUGGACUACCCCCGUGCCCAGGAGAGCCUCUACCGGCUGCACGACGCCCUGCACGGCCUCCCCUACACGCUGCGGGGCCCCGACGGCGCCCUGCCCCGCACCUGGCUUCACCACUUCCGCGACUGGCUGCAGGGGCUGCAGGUGGCAUUCGACGAGGACUGGCGAUCCGGCCGCAUCCGCCGGGAAGAGUUCCGUAACGGCUCCGACGACGGCGUGCUGGCGUACAUGCUGCUCAUCCAGACGGGCGACGCCAGCGCGCCCUUCAACUACGCCCAGUUGCAGAGCCGGCGGCUGGUGAACGACCGGGGCCUGGUGGACGUCGACGGCUUCUACACCUUCCUCACGGCCUGGGUGACCAACGACCCGCUGGCCUACGCCGCCUCGCAGGCCAACCUGCGGCCCGAGCCCCCCGAGUGGCUCUUCAGCCGCUUCAACACCGCGCCCGACGUCAUGCGCAUCAAGCCGGCGGAGCGGAUCGAGUUUGCUCAGCUGCCCUUCUACCUGGCGGGGCUGUCGGAGUCGGCCGACCACGUGCGCGCCAUCGAGCGCGUGCGCGCCGUCUGCGAGAGCUUCGCCGCCGGCGGGCUGCCCAGCUACCCGGCCGGGUACCCCUUCCUCUUCUGGGAGCAGUACGUGGGCCUGCGCCACUGGCUGCUGCUGGCGCUCAGCGUGGGGCUGGCCUGCACCUUCCUCGUGUGUGCCCUCCUGCUGCUCAACCCCUGGACCGCUGGGCUGCUGGUGGCGGUGCUGGCGACGAUGACGGUGGAGCUCUUCGGGAUGAUGGGCCUCAUGGGCAUUCAGCUGAGCGCCGUUCCCGUCAUCAACCUCGUCGCCUUCGUCGGCAUGGGCGUGGAGUUCACGAUGCACGUCACGCUGGGCUUCCUGACGGCGACGGGCGACCGCGACAGCCGGGCGGUGCGCUCGCUGCAGCACAUGCUGGCGCCCGUGCUGGACGGCGCCGUCUCCACGCUCUUGGGACUCGUCAUGCUCGUCGGCUCCGAGUUCGACUUCAUCGUCUGGUACUUCUUCGCGGUGCUCACCAUCAUGACGGUGCUCGGUCUGCUCAACGGCAUCGUGCUGCUCCCCGUGCUCCUCUCCAUCGUGGGGCCUCCGCCGGAGGUGACCCCAGCCGGCGGCGGCAGCCGUCUCCCGACGCCAUCGCCGCAGCCGCCGCCCUACCCGGCGAGACGCGGGCGCGGCGGCGGUGACGCCGGCGGUGGGGGGAACUCCGGGCGGCGCCCACCGUUCCCUCCGUCGUACCCGGGGCUCGGCGCGCGGCACGCCCGCCCCGGCGAGUCGUCCGCCGCCACCACCACCGGCACCACCCCCUCCUCCUCCUCCAUUACCGAGUCCUCCGACUCGGAGUGCUGCUCCGAGAGCGCCGCGUCGCUAUCGACGUCGCCCGGCGACGGCGCCGCCGCCGGCGCCUCCUGCGCCGCGGGCAACGCUUGCCGGCACGGACACCGCGACCACAAUCACCGCCACCACCGCCACCACCAGCAGCAGCAACAACAGCAGCAGCAGCAGCAGCAACAUCGGUUGCAUCAAGUGCGAGAGCAUGAUUAUCACCACCAGCAGCAGCAUCAGCAGAGGCCUCAAGCGGGGAGCGGUGGUGCACGCCGGGCGGGACACCCGCGCGUCACGUUCGUGCAGCCUGCGGGACAGUGCCUGGAGAUGGGCGCCAUGCAGUACAGGGCCCGGCCUAGGCCAAGGCCUCAGCAGGAGCAGCAGCAGCAGCACGGCGGAGUGGCAUCGGCGGACUGCACAACAUCACUGCAGCAGCAGCAGCAGCAGCAGUGGGCGUCACAGCCGGCGCGCCUCCACGGCCGCUCGGGCGCGGACAGCACCGAUUCGCCGCACGCCGGGCCCGGCCGCGGCAGGACUAGCGGCCACCAGGCUUGGGGCGAAGGCCGCGGCCGCCGCGCCGGGGCGACGGCGCCGGCCGGGCCGUUUGCCACCGUGACGGCCACCACGUCGGUGACGGUGGCGCUCUUGAGGCCGGGCGCGGGGCCGGCGGCGCCGGCAGCGCCGGCCGCGCCGGCCGCACGAGCGCCGGCACCUUUUGCGGGAGACCCCCACGUGCCCGCGUACGACGCCGGCGAGUGCGACUCGGACUGCGGGCGCCGCUGCCGCCACCACCACAAGUAGCGAGGAGGGGCCCCGCGCUCAAGUGACGCCGACCGUAGCAAUAAUUGUAACGUUGUGAAUGAGAGUAAAUAUUAUAUCGGGGGCAGUGGGGGCGCUGUUUGUAUAUAUUUUUAUUUCACGCGAAAUGUACAAAUGUUGAAGUGGAGGGUUGGAGACGGGAGAGAGCGAGCCUCCAAGUAAAUCACUGCCACUGAAGUCGACCGCCGCCGUGCCCGUAGCGCGUUGGCACGGUCGUUCGCUGAGCGACGCGUCGCCUGUCGCGCGCGCUGGGUUAGCGCUUGGUGACAAGAAUUGUCGCUCGCUCGCCACGUGACGUCCGACGGAUCAUUUGCGACCGGUGGACACAUUGGCGCGACGAAUAUUAAGUCGACAACUGCGUUUAAAUGUAUUUGUGUGUGUGUUGUUAAUGUUUCACUGGCAUGCUGCUACACAAUAUCAGCGCUGUAAAAAAAAAAACUUAUUUUUUAGGUAAAAAAAAAGGAAAAAAAUUUGGAGAAAAAAAAACCCGGAAACGAUUUGAUGCGACGCGUGUCGCAGUGGAAAUGAAGGAAUGUAAGCGGUGGUGGCGGCAGGGCAGUACAGACGUCGUACAGACGCUGUGUUCGGUCUCUGGCAGCUUGUUCAGUGUCGUGCGGUUCGGAGCCACGCGACGUUUAUUUAUCAUUUUAUAACUUUACAAGAACAGAAUGUCGGCUUAUUACCGCGAUGAUGAUGAUUAUUACGAACGCUCGGACGCUCCACGGAGCGACGGCGAGGCCUCCGCUCGCGUCCGACGCUCGCCGAGCAUGGAGCGUUUUUAUUUUACAUUUUUAACCCAGUGGAUACGUCCCGUGUCGUAAUUACGUGUUUCUAUUUAUACGCGGUCUCGUUAUACGAAGGCAAAGAUGCAGUAUUGUGUUGGCAUUUUCCGUUCGUUGGCCAUUAUUUUGUAUUUCCGUCUCUGUCUGCGUCUCCCGGCAUGGUGCUGCGUCCAUCCGGCCACCGCACGCAGCCUCCCCUGCGGUCCCGUUCCCCUCUCGGCGCUAUUUCCUGUUUACAGUUCCUCGCCCCACGGGGACCAGCGCCAGGUGGCGAGGCCCGUUCGCAACUCCUCGGACGGAAUUGCAUUUUGACCGAAAAUCAAGCGGCGGCGGCGAGUAGUUAAUCCCGUUCACGAGCAUCCGCCCCCCCCCCCCCCUAAAAGACUGAACUGGGGGUUGUCACGAAAGCCCCCCCCCCUCCCGCCCACCCCUCCCACCCCCGGCACUUGCGUCCCGACCUCAAGUGGCACACUCCGGUUUUGCGAGGUUUCCGGGAAAUCAUUGAUUUUGACGAGGGACCAGCGCUGGUUACAACGAAACGGGUCACCUGCACAUGCCACCACUGCAUUCUGGAAACCCCACGGUGAAUUCUUUAAAGAAAUUCCUUGAAUCAUGAGCCGCAAGCUGUGACCGAGACAGUCGGUAACUCGCGCCUCUUUCCCACCGUGCGACCGAGGCAUGCCGGGGCCCUGCCAAACCGCCUUGCUCACUAGCGGCGCCGGCGGGCGCUCGCCCCAACGGAAAUGAUUGACUCUGCUCCCGGCCCUGCUUGGCCCCGAGCAGUAUUCACAGACAUCUGCUAAAGCCAGCGUCUAGGGGUCUGGAUCCCCACUCCGCUUGGCAGAUUUGCUCCCGGGAAUUCCUCCCGUGCCGUGAGGGCCCCAACAACGCUGGCUCGGCUCAGAUUUGGCAGUGGAAAAAUCAGUCGGUAAAAGUUUGGCCUCCCUUUUCCUUAAUGUCUGUGUUUCCACACCCCUCGCCCCCACCCGGGUCUCCGUCUCUCUGAUUGGAAUUUAUAAAAACUAUUGUCAUGUGUUUGUAACGACGGGCAUCGAGAAAUGAACCGCACCUCGCCGUCUUGCCCCACUUCACGCGGCAGCUUCGUCCGCGCACGGCGCGUCGCUGCCAGGAGCGAGAGCGCAGCCAAAGGGCUUCCGUUCGGUGUCGUAACGAUUCGCUGGGGGGGCCUGUUGACCGCUCGCGGUCUCCUCACGGAGUUUACGCCGUCGGCGAUCAUCGACGCGCGCAUCGGGAAAUCCCAGCAUGCCGUGCGUGUCAAGAUUGCCGCGCCGUCCAAAUUGAGCAACGCCACGGUCGCAGCUCGCCGCCCGAGGAGGAGGUGGCGGCCGCUUGCGGAACGCGGAGCGUUGGUGAUGAUGUCAUCCCGACACGCCAAGCAUUCUGGCAAUUCCUGAUGGGUUUUGCCGUUGCAGCAAAAUUAAAUGUGCGUACGGCCAGCGCACACCCAUCAAGACCACGGCAGCGACCAAAACUGCCACGUGAGUUGUGGUCACUUUAAGAGAUGGCGGUCGGAGUGGCCCACGUUCUAAUUAGAGAGCGAACCGCUAACCCGUCAUCAAGCUAUUGGGCCACGUCCGUCUGCCUUGGCUGCACUGUGCUGGUGGCAGAAGUUCCACAUUCCUAUGACGGGGACGGGGGAUGGGACAGACUUGAAAGUAAACGGGGGGUGAGUUUGGUGAAUUGGUGAAACCAAACGGAACCUCCGUUGUCGCGGUGUGAAUUCUGUCACGGAGUGGGGGAUAGUGGGGGGGGGGUAGCGUGCGGGUCAGGGGUCAUACCCCCCCCCGCCACCACUGCAUCAGAGGUCAUGAACAAUCCGGACUUGACACUAACCGAGAUGCUACGGUAACAUUAUAUAUAAUAUAAAUUAUUUAUAACGGAAGUCUUUAUUUUUGUAGUGUACAGAGUAGUUCCUUUGUGACAGAAGUAUAUUUAAAAAAGAUGUCUUAUAUAAACAAUAGUCGACUUUUAUUCCUAUUGUUACUGACUUGGUUGAUCGUAAUUGUUCAUUUCUGUAACGACUAAACCCCUUCGCUAUGAUAGCUACUGUCUGUACACAGGCGCGCGCACGGCUGCGUCAUCACACCACCACGUCAUCACACCACUACAUCGUCACACUCCUGCAUCGUCACACCACUACAUCUUCACAUUCCUGCGUCACACCACAUCGUCACACAUCCUGCGUCACACCGAUGCAUCGUCACACUCCUGCAUCGUCACACUCCUGCGUCACACCGAUGCAUCGUCACACUCCUGCAUCGUCACACCGAUGCAUCGUCACACUCCUGCAUCGUCACACCGAUGCAUCAUCACACUCCUGCUUCGUCACACUCCUGCAUCGUCACACUCCUGCAUCGUCACACCGAUGCAUCGUCACACUCCUGCAUCGUCACACUCCUGCAUCGUCACACCGAUGCAUCGUCACACUCCUGCAUCGUCACACUCCUGCGUCACACCGAUGCAUCGUCACACUCCUGCAUCGUCACACUCCUG